AUGACUGAGCUCCCGUCUCGGCCAAACUUAUCACCACAGUUUUGCUUCUCGUCUGGGGCCCUUCGCGAUUUUCUGCGUUUCUCCAGAUCAGCUGUCGACGACACCAUCACUGAGCACAUCAAUGCCCUGGCCACACCCUCACACGCUGGAUUUGAUCCCGGCUCAACUGCACAGAGAAGCCCUGUGUCAGGCUCCCGGCCAAUAAGUUCUGAAGCUUGUGAUUCGUUCAAGAGAAAGGUUCUUUUCUCAACGUGGGCGGCCCGAACGGAGGCGCUGGAUUAUUGCGCACUCGUUGCCGCGAGCCCUGACCCAAAUGACCCAGAGGCCACUCUCCGCGAUAUAGAAAUGCAGAGGGACCGUGAAAGGGUUGUAGAUGAGCGACUGGAUCCCUAUUCGGGGCGCUUUUUCCCUCGGGAAGCACGGACACAGGUGCUGGCGAGCCUCGUCCGCCAAGAGCGCGGCGUUGAAGGAGUCGUCCGUAAUCGUACCUGGAGUGUCGUUCAGGAGAGAUGCAAUUCUUCUACUCGCGGCACCUGGCAAGAAGCAAUGGAGAAGUGCGGAUUUGAUGGUAAAUAA